UUUUAUUACUGAAAUGUUAUUGUUUCUUUGAUUAGUUGUAUUUAAAUACAAUGUUGAUGCUUUGAUGGAUUUGGUUCUCAUAAAUGUUGUAUUUGCAUUGAUACCUGCCCAUGGUUCUUACAUAUGCACCUUUCACUGUGUAUUGAAAGACCGUUGCUUAGCCAAUGAGCUGAGUUUAUUGACCUUAGCUCUAGCACAAUGUUGCUAGUAAGUUUGUAUACCCUUUGACAGUGAUGCGAAUAUUGCUUUGUUUUGUUUAAUUUUAUGCAGAACUAUGUUUAAGAACCAAAAGUAAUGAUAGAGAAGAUUCACUGUCUAGAAAUAAACAUCGCAUUCCGAUGCUUCAAGGUCCCAUGAGAAUCUCAAUACUAAGUUCAAAUCUUGCGUAAACAUUUAUUAACUUUGUAGCUUGUAGUCGGGCAACCAUCAAGUUUGUAUAAAAAUUUUAGUUAGCAGGAGGUUUUUAUACAUUGAGCCUGGAAAAUCUUACAAUACUAAAUACAACUAUACUACGACAAAGGCUGAAGAUUAUACACUAGUGUAACUAUAAAAAAUUAAAAAAUUUCAGACAACUAAAGGUAACUAAUGCAUUGCUUCUUGUCUUCUGUUCUAUAAACAGUUCCCUAUUUGACUGGAAUCCUAUGAUGUCCAUCAGUCACUUAGAAAACAGAUGCAGCUACUGCGGUCCACUCUUGAAUUACACAUCAUCAUGUUGGCAUCUAUUUUCUUAAGCCAAGAGCCAUUUAUGUUCGAACUUACCACAAUUAACGUUCUAAUGUCCUGGAGAGUCCCAUGAAAGGAGGUGACUUAGGUUAGCCCAUUGAGUGAAAUUCAAAUUGCUGCCAUUAAGUAGUUUUGAUUGUUAGCAGCAUCUUUGUUUUACCUGGCUCAAGUUGGCUUGAGAUUUAUGGACUUGGGAUCCUUAGGGAUGAUAGCCAAACUCAUAAAAGAAAUCAAAAUGGAUCAAAAUGAAGCUUGUAAACUACUUUACUAACUAAAACAUAUGAGUUUAUCUGGGUUUCAAAUUAAUUCUUAACCUUCAAGUUGGUGGUAGGAUUAUCCAUGGAUCUGCUUAAUUACUCUGUGUUCUUUUGUAAUAAGUUGGAUACCAAGAAAGCUCAAACACACACAACAAUGGCAGAAUAUAAACUAGAGUAAUAUUGAUUGACUGUUAAUGAAGAAAACAAGAUAGUUCAAGGUUUCCGUGAGGCCAAGAUCUCUCCCAAAGGUGAUUUCAUUCCCUUCCCUUGUGCUCUUAGUGCCACGUCUAGCAUGGGUCAGCAGAAUUGGAGGCCUUGGAUGGUUUGUUGCAGUUUUGUGCAGCUCACAUGGUAUUUCCUGGGGCUGUUCAUUCAAGAUUUGAGCACUCUUUGGGAGUGUAUUGGCUUGCUUCCCAAGCAGUCCAUGUACUUCAUAAUCAUCAUCGCAUGGAGCUUGAUAUUGACAACUUUGACAUGACGACAGUAAAACUUGCUGGUCUCUUACAUGAUGUGGGGCAUGGGCCUUUCAGUCAUUUGUUUGAAAGUGAGUUUCUACCACGAGUUCUGGAGGGUUCUAAAUGGUGCCAUGAGGAAAUGUCAGUGAGGGUGAUUGACCACAUUGUUGAUGAGCAUUGCAUCGAUAUUGACUCUCAGAUUAUUCAAAGAGUGAAAGAGAUGAUACUUGCUAGCUCUGAAUUUGCAUUACCAAAAAGCUCAAGAGAGAAGUAUUUUUUGUACGACAUUGUUGCCAAUGGGCGCAAUGGUGUAGAUGUCGACAAGUUUGAUUACAUUGUUCGUGACUCGCGAGCGUGUGGUUUAGGAUGUAACUUUGCAUCCAACAGAUUAAUGGAGCAAAUGCGGGUAUUGGGUGAUGAAAUAUGUUAUCCUGCCAAAGAUUAUCUUACUGUUUACAAGUUAUUUUCGGCUCGUGCUGAUCUCUAUAGGACAGUUUACACGCAUCCAAAAGUGAAGGCUGUUGAGCUCAUGAUUGCGGAUGCCCUUGUUAAAGCAAAUUCGUAUUUAGAAAUAUCUUCUUGCAUCCAAGAGCCAUCUGAAUAUUGGAAGUUAGAUGACACAAUAAUUAAAACAAUCGAGACCGCACCUGAUCCAGAACUGAAGGAAGCUAAGGAUUUGAUAAGGCGCAUUAGGAGGAGAGAUUUAUAUCAGUUCUGCAACGAGUUUGCUGUUCCCAGGGACAAAUUAGAACAUUUUAAAAAAGUUACCCCUCAAGAUAUUAUAUGUUCGCAGAAAUGUUGUGGGGUGACCCUAAAAGAAGAUGACAUUGCUGUGAGCAAUGUCAGGAUAGAUUUGACUCGUGGAACGCUUAAUCCUCUUGAGCACAUCAGAUUUUUCCAGGAUUAUCAUAGUAGCUCAAAGUUCUCAAUACCAGAUGAACGCAUAAGCCACUUGCUGCCUGCAUGUUAUCAAGACAUGAUAGUGAGGGUCUAUUCAAAAAAACCCGGUUUAGUACAUGCAAUAUAUGAGGCGUUUGAGAACUUUCAGCUGAAGACUUACGGUACUAAAGCACAAGUAUACGAGACAAUGGAGAAGAAAAGGCGCAGGUUAUGAGUAUCUCCAGCCCCUAGUCGUUUGUGCGUACAGUGCUGCUGUACCUGCCAUUUCUUGUGAUCACUGGGGUAGAUAAAUGCAGGUUCACAAACCAGAUAACGUCCCAUCCUACUUCCUCCACGUCCAAUAUGUUGGAUAAUUUAGAGUAUUUGGUUGAUUAAGUUCAUGUAACGUAUAACUUGAAUAACUGGGUUAUGGUGUCGUUGUUCAAGUUACGUUAAUUAUUCACGUGGAUUGUUUAUGGUAUAGUAAACAAUAAAGAAAUACAUUAAUCUGGGCAGAAUUAUCGUCGCGAAUUACCACCAUUGUCGUGGCUCGCAUAGGCAGAAGCUUGGGAGAAGCUUGUGGCUCGCGACAGGCUCAGGAACUCAAGGCUGGACAGGAGCUUGGCAGAAGCAUGGUCUCGACUCGCGACCACUGUCGCGACUCGCGACAGGCUUGCUCGCGACUCGCGAGCUUUGUCGCGGCUCGCGACAGGCUACUGUUUUGCGUGGCUUUGUGCGUGUUCAGCGGUUUCUUGAAGGUUUUUCUAUUGCGUGUAUAAGUGUGAUAAUAAUACCACAGAUGAAGGAGGAGUUUUCAGAAUAUUAUUCUCUCUAAAAAGCACUCUCUAUCAAGUUUGAGAACAUUGAUCAUCAAACACAAAAUCAUAAAAACUUAUUCUCAUUUUUAACAAGAUUCAUACGAGCGUGACUCUUGUUGUUCUUCUUUGUAUCUCGAAAUUGAAUUCCGUGCAACCCGUGCUUCGUAUAGGGUCGGAAUAUCACUUUUGGGAAAGUGUCUACACACGCCUAGAAGAUUCGUUAUUCAUAGUAUUCAUCUUCUUCACCCUUUCUCUAGUUCUAACACAAUCAAUGUAGAGUAAACAAAGAAAAGCUGAUAGGUGAAUAAGGUCAUAGCAAUGCGUGCAGCAUCUGUAGAUCAAUUGAUCUUCUAUUAUCGUGUUCACUAAAAAACAAAUAAUUGGGUAUCUAAGAGUGUAAUUAUUUUGUCGUCUAAGAUAAGGUGAAGAUAGAUUACUUUGUUCAUGUUCGACUCACUAUGACACCAGAUAUAAUAAGUAUGUUGAAUUUUAUUA